UAAUUUGACAUAGACAUAAAACAUGAAACACCUCUACACUUCCUGUUUUGGCUGUCUUCUUACCAACAAACCCUCCUUUAAUUUGGCCAACACUGGAAAAGUUGGAUUCAUUCUGCAUGUAUCUCCAAUUUACUUUUUUGGCGGGGAGAGGGAUUGCCAUGGAUUGAACUCAGGGGCACUCAACCACUGAGCCACAUCCCCAGUUCUAUUUUGUAUUUUAUUUAGAUACAGGGUCUCACUGAGUUGCUUAGCACCUCGCUUUUGCUGAGGCUGGCUUUGAACUUAUGAUCCUCUUAUCUCAGCCUCCUGAGCCACUGGGAUUACAGGUGUGCACCACCAUGCCUGGCUUCUGAUUUAUUUCUUUUGCCUCAAAUUUAUCUUAUUAACUAAAAGCAUCUGAAAGGCUUCUUAAAAACAGAUUGCUGAGGCCCACCCACUGAGUUUCUGAUAGUAGGUCUGUGCUGGGGUGUGAGAUUUGCAUUUCUAACAGGGUCUCAAGUAGUAUGACAUUGGUGUGGAUUCAUCACUUUGAGAACCACAACCUUUGACAAAACUUUGUGAUAUAAAUGUUGCUGAGAUUUGAGGUCCAGAAGACUUUUUUAGUACUUCUGUGCUGGAAGCUAAUAGUAGUCUGGUAUUUUGUGGGGAAUUUCACCACUUGUAUAUGGGUUCUUUUUUUUUUUUUUUUUUCUUUUUCUUUCAGUACUGGAGAUUGAACCCAGGGGGUACCAUAGCACCAGGCUACAUCCUAUCUUUUUGUUUUGAGACAGGAUGUAGUUGCCCAGACUGGCCUCAGUGCAGUUGCUGUCACCUCCAGAGUCACUGGGAUUACAGACCGUGCCACUGCACCAAGGGCCUGGACUCAUUUGUAAAAUGAAGUGUACUUUAAAAAAAAAAUGAAUACUACAUUAUCUUUAUGCCAAAUUUAAGAUGAAAUAUUGAUUUUUUUUCAUAACUUUCAUAGUUCUCUUGAAAGGAGAUUCCUAUUUUGAUCAUAUAUAUAUUAACACUCACAUUCUAGGUUUUUGCUGUGAGUUUCAGUAUUGCUAAAGUCCCUGCCAUUUCUUAAUUACCCCUAAAUUCCUCAAGCUCAGAGCCUGUUCUUUUUUUACAUAAAAUAGUGUGGGACACACAGCCAACUGAGGCUCAGUAGAUGUUUGUGAACUGAAUGAACUCUAUCCCCUACUCUCUUCCCUUUCACAAAGUUUGUCUUUACUAAUAUUUUACCACCAAGUAAAGCAGGAUAGACUUGACUGAUAUGCCACCUGAAACUGGAAUAAAUGCUAAUGUCAGAUUCCCACAACUCUUCCUGUGAACUUUUUUUAACCAAGAAGCCCUGGCACCCAAAUUUCUGAAUUUUCAUUGCUUCUAAAUCCAGGUUAGUGGAAAAUAAAUAGAAAAAGCUUACUUAAAUUCAGCUUUUUCUGAAUUUAUUUAUUGGGCUCCUUUUCUACAGAAUAUUGACACAAUGGUAGGCACUAGGAGUACAUCCUUGCUCUUAGAGUCAGGCUCACUGAGUAGAACACAGUAAUCUGUGUCCACACUAAAAAUGACUUCUGUCUCCUUGGGUCAUGAAUUAGUUGGCAGUAAAACCUGGUUCUUCCGAUUUCUCCAGUUCAUCAGGCACUGCUCCCAUCCUAUAUGUCUCCUCUAUGUAUCAGAAAACCAGAAGGAAGUCACCUGGAUGCAGCAGGGGGUGUCCUGGCCAGAUGUGUUAAUUGCAAAGGCAAAAAUAGUAAAUAACUUUUGAAUUAACUUGUUCUCAGUUAUCCAUAUCAACACCUCAGAUCAGACUCUAUUUGUGAUAUGUUAUCCUAUUAUUCCCAUUAAAUGUUUCCUCUAAAAGUAGUUGACAUUGACCAUGUUUGUUGCAGAAAUUGAAUACAUCUAGUUUAGCUCUGGCUGCCAAAUAAGAGCUGCUGCCCUCAUCGGGGUGGGUGUUAGGCUUGAUGUCCCUUCUUUUUCCCUGAGGCUUCAUGAUUGACCUCAAGCUGGGGAUGGUGGUGCACACUUGUAAUCCUAGCUACUCCAGAGGCUGAAAAAGGAGGUUCAAAACCUCUUCAACUUAGUGAGACCCUGUCUCAAAGUAAGUCUUUGUUUAAAAAAAUUGCUGGGGGUAUAGCUAAUUGGUAGAACAUUUGACUAGUAUGUAUACGGCCCUGGGUUAAAUCCCUAGUAUCACCAAAAAAGAAAAAAGAUUGACUGCUUUAUUUAGGUUAGUAACUGAUUCUGGGUUAACAUCUCUUAAGGUUAAAAAGUCUAGCAUCACCAGACAUGGUGGCACACGACUGUAAUCUCAGCCAUUUGAGAGGCUGAGGCAAGAGGAUCACGAGUUCAAAGCCCACCUCAGCAAUUUAGCAAGGCCCUAAGAAACUUAGUGAGAGCCUGUCUCAAAAUAUAAAGUAAAAAGCCCUGGGGAUAUGGCUCAGUGUUUAAGCAUCCCUGGGUUCAAUCUGUGUUUGGUUCUAGUACUUCUCAACUAUUGAAUAAACAUAUUAUAUGUGUUAUAUUAUUAUAUAACUCAAUGAACAAGCCACAUGUCCUUGUUCCUCUCAAAGCCCCUUCUUAAUAAUCAUCAAAAAUCUGGACAGUUUCUCAAAGGCCAAUCCAGUUCUCUGCCUUUAGGUAGAGAAUCAUCCGUAUCUUCCAAAUGAGUUGAUGUGACUUGACUAGAUCUUUACAAAGUAGAACAGGAGGUAAAAUGCAAGUCCUCUACCUUAGCAUGCAGAACUGACUACUAUCUUUGUUGUAGUGGGGGUGGAUAACUGAGAAUUGAUAAAAUUUUUAUCAAUUUUAUCUUGAGUAGGGGUCUUUCUAAGUUGCCCAGACUGGUCUGGAACUUGAGAUCCUCCUGCCUCCGCCUUCCAGGUACCUGGAAUUAUAGAAUAGCACGCACCAUGUACCUGGCAAAAACUGUCUUAAUAUUGCUUCAUAGGCCUGAGUAUACAACCAUAGAGAAACAUUUUAAUAGAAAUACACUGAAUUGUUAAAAUUUUUAUCUUACAUUUUCUUGUUUACCUUUACCCUCAAUGACAUUUUAUACCUACCUUAAAACUUUACUGCUGACCACAGAUCUCCAGGAUUUCAGGUUAGAAGACAUUUGUAUCUUCCCACACUGACCUUCCUGUACCACCCUCUUUUUUGUCCUGUCCUGUCUUCCCCUUCUCUACACCUUAUUCUGUUUCUUAAAACCUAUUGUAGUAAGCUUUGAGCCAUUCAUCCCCUUGCUACUCAAAUAUUACUUUUAUGAAGGAAAAAAAUUCAGUGACAAAUAAAUGUGUAUAUAUAUAUAUUUAUAUUGAUUUAUUAUUUCGGUAUGGAGAAUUGAACCCAGGACACUUAGCACUGAGCUGUAUCCCCAGCCCUUUUUAUUUUUUAUUUUGAGAUAGUCUCCCAAGUUGCUGAGGCUCACCUCAAACUUGUGAUGUUUCUUGCCUCAGCCUCCUGAGUUGCUGGGAUUACAGGCAUGCACCACCACACCUGACUGGCAAAAAUAUUUUAAUGUGAUAGGGUUUUGUGGGGCUGGGGAUAUAACUCAAUGGCAGAGUGCUUACUAGCAAUACAAGAUCCUCAGUUCAAACUUUAGCACCACAAUAAUAUUAGUAAUUUUUCCACGUGGUUUGAUGGUUCAGCAUGAUACAUUAGAAGGCCCAAAGUCAGGUAAUCUGUUUCUUUUCAUUCCUUUUGCCUUCCCAGUCAAGUUUUCAUAGGACUUCUUGGGUAUAUUCAUUGAAUUUACCUCAGAUUGCUUCCUGCCACUUAUAGGAAGGAGAGGAGACUUUGAUGUUGGUCCCUUGGGAGAAACUUGAAGUGUCCAGGCGGAGACGGGGAUUUUUCCUGUGAGCUCUAAAUGGUGUGAGAUCAUCCCAGAGCCAGAAAUGGCUACAGUCUUGGAACUAGAGGACCAGGAUCUUUGGGAAGAAGAGGGAAUUCUGAUGGUCAAACUGGAGGAUGAUUCCAUCUGCAGGCCAGAGUCUAUCUUACAGAGGGAUGACCCUGUGCUGGAAACCUCUCACCAGAACUUCCGAUGUUUUCGUUACCAAGAAGCUGCAAGCCCUCGAGAAGCUCUCAUCAGACUCCGAGAACUUUGUCAUCAGUGGCUGAGGCCAGAAAGGAGGACAAAGGAGCAGAUCCUAGAGCUGCUUGUGCUAGAGCAAUUCCUCACCGUCCUGCCUGGGGAACUACAGAGCUGGGUGCGGGGCCAGCGGCCAGAAAGUGGCGAGGAGGCAGUGACGCUGGUGGAGGGUUUGCAGAAACAACCCAGGAGACCAAGGCGGUGGGUGACUGUCCAUGUUCAUGGCCAGGAAGUCCUGUCAGAGGAGACAGUGCACUUAGGGACAGACCCUGAGUCAUCUUGUGAGCUGCAGGAUGCGGCACAGACCUCAGGCCCUGAGCAAUUCCAUGAGGAAGCCACCCGGAACCCAGAUCUGGGGAUGCCAGAAGAGCGGAGCCUGCGCCAUGAAGAGGAGUUCCAGCCCCUGCAGGAGAGCGAGGUUCCAGUGUACCAGGACUCAGACCUUCCUGCAGAGAGGAAUUCUGGAGACCCAGAGAUGGUUGCCCUUCUUACUGCUCUGUCACAGGGCCUGGUAACCUUCAAGGAUGUGGCUAUAUGCUUCUCCCAGGACCAGUGGAGUGAUCUGGAUCCAACACAGAAAGAAUUCUAUGGAGAAUAUGUCCUGGAAGAAGACUGUGGAAUUGUGGUCUCUCUGUCAUUUCCAAUCCCCAGACUAGAUGAUAUCUCCCAGGUUAGAGAAGAAGAGCCUCAGGUCCCAGAUAUCCAUGAGCCUCAAGAGCCUGAAGAGCCAGAAAUCCUGAGUUUUACCUACACAGGAGAUAGGAGUGAAGAUGAGGAAGAGGGUAUUGAGCAAGAAGAUCGGAGUUUAGAGGAUAUGCACAGGUCUGUUUUGGGAGAUCCAGAAAUUCAUCAGACACCAGAUUGGGAAAUAGUCUUUGAAGAUUAUCCAGGUAGACUUAAUGAAAGAAGAUUUGGUACAAAUAUUUCUCAAGCUAAUAGUUUUGUGAAUCCUCGGGAAACCGUUCCUGUCCACUCCCUGUUAGGGAGGCACCAUCACUGUUCUGUAUGUGGGAAAAACUUCACAUGUAACUCCCACCUUAUUAGGCACCUGAGAACUCACACAGGAGAGAAACCAUAUAAAUGUAUGGAAUGUGGAAAAAGUUACACACGGAGCUCACAUCUUGCCAGGCACCAAAAGGUUCACAAGAUGAACACUUCUUACAAAUAUCCCCUAAACCGAAAAAAUGUAGAUGGGACUGCAUCUCUGAUCCAGGCUGAGAGAACUCCACCCGUGGAGAAACCCUACAGAUGUGAUGACUGUGGAAAGCAUUUCCGCUGGACUUCAGACCUUGUCAGGCAUCAGAGGACACAUACAGGAGAAAAGCCAUUCUUCUGUACUAUUUGUGGCAAAAGCUUUAGCCAGAAAUCUGUGCUAACAACACACCAAAGAAUCCACCUAGGGGGCAAACCCUACUUGUGUGGGGUGUGUGGAGAGGACUUCGGUGAUCACAGGCGGUAUCUAGCACACCGGAAGACACAUGCAGCUGAGGAGCUCUACCACUGCAGUGAGUGUGGGCGCUGCUUCAACCAUAGUGCAGCAUUUGCCAAGCACCUGAGGGGACAUGCCUCAGUGAGGCCCUGUCGGUGCAACGAAUGUGGGAAAAGCUUCAGUCGGAGGGACCACCUCGUCAGGCAUCAGCGAACACACACAGGAGAGAAACCAUUUACCUGCCCUACCUGUGGGAAAAGCUUCAGCAGAGGAUAUCACUUAAUCAGGCAUCAGAGGACCCACUCAGAAAAGACCUCCUAGCUUGGUGCCCGUGUGAGAUCUGUACUUAGUCCUCACCCAGGAUGAGAUGGGAGAAGGGACCUUUUCUAAACUCUUCCUAACCUACCCAGACCAUAAAUAGCCUCUUCCCACCACCAAAUAAAAGUUCCAGGAAGAACCACUUAAUCUUCUGUAUCUUGAGGAGAUAUUUUAUCCAAAGUACAGCCUGAAUUGAGGCUUUUCCACUGGAAGGCUCCUCCUGCCUCUAUCUCAAGGGUUUGAAGUAGGAGAGUUAGAAGAUUUAAGAGGUUAUUACAUUUUCUGGAAAACAGACUGUUACAUAUCCUCGAGACUACUUACCAGCCUCAAGUUUAAAAUAGCCAAGGACAACCCCUUCAGUUUGGUAAGGGACCAGCCUAAAGGGUACUGUCCUUACUGGGCUCAAAUCUUAAAGCACACAGCACUGAACUCAAGACCAAUUUUUGUCCUGGUAGCUUUGCCACACACAGGAUAACUACAGAUCCUUCACUGUCUGACUCACUUCUUCACCAUUUGGAUCUUGGCAAGCUGCUCCUUUCCCCAUUGUCAAAAUGAUACUGGUGCCAGAAAUUAGAAAGGAAGGUCUCAUCAGAAGUCUCUUCCUUGUCUUUUUUGUUGUUACUGUUAUUUGUUUUGUUUUUGUUCCCUGUCUAAAUGCUCAUGCCUCUGGCCUUCCUACUCUUCAACCAGUCUAAUCUCUUGGUUGUAUGCCUGGCACUUCUGCAAGUGAGAUGUAGCACUGUAGUGCUGAGGGAUUCAGUAAAGCAUAAUUAAAUCUUAAUGAAAUCAUUUACGUUCCCACAUAUGUAGAAGCUCACCCUUUCCCUCUCUCCUUUGCUUGGGUUGUGAGGGGUUUUGAACAGUAUCCAUUUACAAAGGCACUUAUAACAAUAACAGAACCAUGAUUGACUGGGUCACUUCAUUUACAUGAAGAAAAUUGGAGAGGAUCUAAGAUUAAACUAUGGAAAAAUAGGAAAAAAAUGUUGCUGCAGGCCAAGACCAUCAGUAAUAUUUUCCUGACACACAGUCCAAUCAUCCCUGCCUCAGUUCCUAAUGUCAGGGGAAAUUAUGAAACCCAGCACCCGGGACCCUGAGGAGUUAACUAGGAGUAAAUGGCUUUCAUGUUUCUGUGUUUGCUUUUCCUUAUGUGAUUUUAUUUUCAUGUAAUUAAGAACUAAAUAGUAAUAUCUCCUGGUGGUCCAAGGGUCUCUAUCUAUUCAAAACUCCAUGGAGAUGAGCCGAAUAAUUAUGAACCUCACCUGCUCGGAUCCUGGGAGUGUCAAAGACUGGAGAGACAUCCUCCAUAAAUGGUGCGCAGGGUAUGAGAUUAAAGCAUGGAGGGGAGACAGUCUUCUGUGCCUGAUUUCUUCUGCUUCUAUCACAAUCCAUUGUAUGCUGGUAUAGACCAGAGGAAUACAGUGGGUUGAGUGGACCUGCCCUUAACAGCCCAACAAAGAAAUUUUUUAGCCAUUAAUAAUAUUGGACUGGUUUGGUUUUAAUACCAGUUCUAGAGUUGUCCUAGAAAUACGCACAAAUGAAAUAAAAUAAAAUAACACUGGCAGUCAAA